CAGACCUCUGCUGAUACCACCUCAGAACCAGAACCAAGAUCAGAUCUGGGGCUCUGGUCAUGCUGCAGGAGUUUGAUGAGAGUUUCAGAUCAGAGGUAUGUUGCUUGUGUUGAGAGUUUCAGCCAGCAGGGGGGGCUACAGAAUAAGAAAAGUGCUGCUGUGACCUCAGUGCAGCAUUAUUGUUGCCAUGGUUACGGGGAGGCUGACUUUCACAGAAAGAGGAAGAAGAGAAGGAGGAAGGAAGUGUGGCGGCUGGUCGACAGAAACGAAGCUUCUGAGUAGGAGAGGAGAGGACCCAACUGUCUCACCUCGGUCCAGCUGUCUGCAAAGAUGUCCUCCCGCUCGGACACAAAGUCAGCCUCACAGAUUGCGUUUCUCACCACGAAACUGAAGGAUAAGUUCAAUCCGCAGCGGGGCAGACGCUCAGAUCCAAUCAAACACACCCCAACUGAGAGAGUCAAACAACCGGACCUGAACCUGACUCGGAACCAGUCGGUGGGUGUGUUAGUGGAUCGGGAGCGGGCUGUCGUCAGCUCUCUGCAGUACUUCAAAGCUCUGGUGGACAGACUGGGUCUCGACAGACCUGGAGGAGACAAACUGGUCCUGGACCAGUCCAUGGUGGGUGGCCUGCUGGGCGGAGCCUCUAGUAGAAUCCUGGAGGCAGUCCAGAUUCUGGUCCAGCUGGAACCUCACCUGUUAAACAGUAAAACAGUCUCAGCCUGUCUCACUCGUCUCUACCACUCUGUGGCUGGGCUGAUCCGCUGGGCCGAUCAGUUGAUGCUGCGGGGCGUCUCCCAGGACAACGAGGACUCUUCAGAGAGCGUCACUACGGUGAUCAGGGGCGUGCUGAACGGUGUCAAGGAACUGGUCCGAUUGGUUGCAGAAAGACGAGAAGGCUCCGCCCCCUUGUCUCCUCUUCAGCCACAUAAAAAGGGGACAUCAGAGAGAACAUCAACUUGCAGCGGUCCUUCAGACAAGGACAAGGGGAUGAAGACAGAGACACAAAAGGAGGAGCAUCAGAAAUUAGCUCCACCUAAACCCCCAAUGCCUCUCCCAGAGCUCCUCCCUCAGGUGACCUCCUCACAAGAACCGACUUCCAGUCCUCCUGCUUUGCCUCCUAAAAAGCGUCAGACACCAUCGGUCCCUAUCACCACCCACUGCAGGGUUGCCAUAGUAACACCAAUGAUACGGGAGCCCAAAGAAGACACGCAGGUUGAACAGGAUGACUGCUGCUGGAAGCGGCUCUCUUCUUCUUCUGCAGACUCUGCAGCCAACACCUCACUUUGUGAGGACGAUCCAGACUACGACUUCCUCCACGCUGACCUGUCCUCCUCGGAGAAGCUCCCCCCUCUGCCCCCCGGCUCCUCCCUGCCCCCUGCACUGCCAGAAAAGAGACGUUGCAGCACCACAGGUAUUGCCAGUUCUCAGAACGCAUCCUCCUUUAGAUUUAACUCCACCCAUCUGGACACAACCCCCACUGAUGAUGCCAUAGAUGCUGAAGCCCCCACGUCCUCGCCCAUGUCUCCCAGCAAAACACCCCCUCCCCUCCCUGAGAAGAAACGACACAUCCAUCAGUACCUUCAGUUCUGUUCGUCCUACACCGAUCAGUCUGCAGUCUUGUUCUAUCAGAAGUAUAAAGUCAGACAGCGAGAUCAAGACUCAGCCCACCAGCAGACUCACCUGACCACAGACUCCACCCCCUCUGUGGAACAAUUUCCUGUCCCUGCUUUACCACCGAAGAAGAAACAGCAGGAUACUGACACACAAGCUGAGGAGAAUCAGGACAGGUUUCUGGACAACCAGCAGGAGUUCAGCCAGAGAAGCAGUGAGGAGGAUGAAGUACAGGAACUCUUAUUGACUGACCCAAAUGAGAUCCUUCAUAGAAUCACUCUGAAGUCUAAGGAAGAAGAGGGACCAGAGGUAAAGGCUGCAUCUCCUGAGAUCCUAUUGGUCCAAGCCACAGUGUCUGGCAGCAGUGAACAGGACCAGUACCAAGAGGCCUUCCUCUGCACCUACAGGGGCUUCAUCAGACCCAGUGACAUCAUCAGCAAACUGCAGCACAGAUACAGAAGCCUCAGAGAAAGAACCCCUGCAGACCUGACAGCUGCCAAAAGCACCUUCCAGCUGCUGGUCAGAGUAGUGGACAACCUCAGUGUUGUGGAGCUGGAAUCUGAUUUGCUGCUGCUGCUGAUAGACCUGGUGUUCCGUCUUCUGAUUGGUGGAGAGCUGGGAACGGCCCAUGUGCUGCACUCGAACGUCCUGUCCAAGAUGGAAAAGAGAUGGAAGCUGAUUGACUCCCCUCAGUCACUCCGCCCUCUUGCAGCCAAAGGCGUAGCUGCCAGACCAGGAACUUUGCUGGACUUCAGGAGUCAGGAUUUAGCGGAACAGCUGACUCUGAUGGACUCAGACCUCUUCUGCAAGAUUGAGCUCCCAGAGGUGCUGUUGUGGUCCAAAGAACAGAAUGAGGAGAGGAGUCCACACCUGACAGAGUUCACGCAGCACUUCAACAACGUUUCCUUCUGGGUUCGUUCAGUCAUCAUCCUUCAAGAUAAACCUCAGGACAGAGAGAAGCUGCUGUUGAAGUUCUUGAAGGUCAUGAAGCACCUGAGAAAGCUGAAUAACUUCAACUCCUAUCUGUCGAUACUGUCCGCCCUUGACUCCGCCCCCCUGCGACGUCUUGACUGGCAGAGAAACACGUCUGAGACUCUGGAGGAGUUCAGCUCCCUUAUUGACAGCUCAUCAUCAUUCAGAGCCUACAGAGCAGCGCUGGCUGAGGUGGAACCUCCCUGUAUACCCUACCUGGGGUUAAUCCUACAAGACCUGACCUUUGUCCACCUGGGCAACCCUAACACCUUGAUGACAUCACAAGGUCCAACUGUGAACUUCUCCAAAUGUUGGCAGCAGUUUAACAUCCUGGAAACUCUGAGGAGCUUCCAGCAAGUGCGGUACUCUCUGCAGCGUGAUGAUGACAUCAUGUCGUUCUUCAAUGACUUCAGCGAUCACCUGGCAGAGGAGGCUCUCUGGGAACUCUCCCUCAGGAUCCGCCCAAGAAACGCUUCUCGAACCAAUCAGAGAUGAGCUGUGGAGGAACAGCGACCAAUCAGGAAGCAGGAAGACUGUUUCAGUAUGGCUGCAUCUAACUCAGUCACUGACAGGAUUAACACAGUGGUAAACUGGACAAAAACCUGUUUCCUCCAGAAGAAACAUUAUAUGGGCUUUAUAUAUCUGGUCCUGACCUAAAUUGAACUGGUACCAAACUGGACCACUCCCAGCAGGAUUCACACUUGUGCUGAUGUGAGUGAAAUAAGGUCUGGGUUCAGAUAGAUGGGCCAAGUGGGCGUGGUCUCUUUCACUGAUGUUCAGACUGGGUCCCAGUAUAACGCCAGUGUUUGAAGUGAAGAUAUUCUCCACCUGCUUCACCAGGUUUCAGAGUCCACUCAGAGGGAACCAUUUAACAGAUCUUUUAUAUGUUUGGAAAUUUUUUUUUAUCUUCUCACUGUCAGUCUCACCUGCAAACGCAUCUGACCUCACCUCUAAGCGCACCUGAGCAGCUUCAAUGAGAACCCGGAUGAGGCCAUCCUGGAGCCUUCAGCUUGCCGGGCUGCACUAAUCAGUUAUUGAUCACAUCAACAGAUGAUCAGGAGAAAACAUACAGUUCUAUGGUAAAUAUAACUGAUUAGUUUGUUUGACAUGAAACAUGAAAGGAGCAGCAGCAGCCCAGCUGGAUGAAGGAACCCAUCCAUCAUCUUCCGUUUAUCCGGGUCAGGUCGUGGGGGCACCAGCCUAAGCAGAGAGACCCAGACGUCCCUCUCCCCAGUCACUUGGGGCAGCUCCUCCGGGGGAAUCCCAAGGCAUUCCCAGGCCAGCCGAGAAACAUAGUCCCUCCAGCGUGUCCUGGGUCUUCCUCUGGGCCUCCUCCCGGUGGCCCGGAACACCUCCAAAGGAAGCCGUCCAGGAGACAUCCUAACCAGAUGCCCGAGCCACCUCAACUGGCUCCUCUUGACGUGGAAAAGCAGCAGCUCUACUCUGAGUCCCUCCCCGAUGACCGAGCUUCUCACCCUAUCUCUAAGGGAGAGUCCAGACACCAUGUGGAGGAAACUCAUUUCGGCCGCUUGAAUCCAUGAUCUCGUUCUUUCGGUCAUGACCCAAAGUUCAUGACCAUAGAUGGAAGGAACCCUAUCCACAUUCAUCAGGAGGUUCUUCUAAACUUUUUACUACUGGUUUCUACUCCAUCACGAGUCUCUGAUGUCAGAGCUGAAUAUCUGUCAGCGCUCUUUAAAGCUAAUCUAUUAUUGGUUCAGCCCAGCACCUGAUGAGCAGGAUGUGAGCAGCUGGUUUACUUGGACUCUGACUUUAAACCUGUAAACUGAGGCAAACCAGUCCGAUUCAGUUCAACUCCGACAGAACCAGAGUAAAGGUGACAGAUCAGGAACUUGCGUUCAGGAUGGAGGACGGAGCUUUACUGGGAUAAUGUCCACACACCUGGACACACACAUACUGAAUAAUACACCUGGACACACCUGUAUUCAAACAUGUGGAAACACACUUGGACAUAAUACCUGUGAGCACAUGGGGACACACACACCUGGACACACAACUGAACACACAUCUGUACACAAACAUGGUGAACUAAACACACACCUGGACACACCCAGGUAAUACACUAAAUGACAGAUGAAGUGUGAGGAGCUAUUGUGGAGAAGAUGAAUUUAAAGUUGAAUCAAGCAGGAGCUCUGGUCUCUGACUUUCUUUAUGAGAGCAGCUGGAUGAAUAAAUGAUCUAAGCUGUAAAA